CGAAACAAAGGAAUUACUUCUUUCUCCAAAUGUGGGGGUCUCACUAGCGCCUCUGUUAUCGUCUGUUCCAACGAAAAACCGACGCCACCACUCAGUCAAUUCUCUACCCCAUGACAAAUGCUCAAUACUAAUUCUUCAUUCGCCGAAAUUGUUUACCAAAUCAUCUGAUAGAGAAUUCUGGGGGGAAGAGUGCCACGAGAACGUGAGAAAUCGCAGGAUCGAAACGUCGGAGUCCAGCAGGAGUAGAUCGACUGGUGGUUGCGGCAUUGGCGACACUCUGGUGCGAUUAUUCGCUAAUUUACAAGCUUUUCCUGGGUGAACAAAUACACCGGGUGCCCCGGUGGGCUCAACGGGCCUCGAGUGUCAAUAAAGUGAAGUUUCAACUGUUGGUGGAGCUUCUCCUGGAUCGAAGGUUGAAAAAAAAAAUAUUGCUCUAGUGCAGUACCACAUAAAACAAAAAAGUUACUUGAAAUAAUCCGAGUAAUCGAAGUUAUACAUUUGCUUGUGUUGUGUUCCUCAAACCAUGAAAGUUUUUCUUACAAAAUCAGCCCAAGUUUACCCAACAAUUUCACCCAUGAACAUCACUAUCGAGGAAGUUAACAAAAAAGUUAUCGUCGGAGAAGUUAUAAAUCCAAAUAAUGAGAAUGCAAAGUUCGCAUUCAGUACGUUAUGUGAUGAAAAUAUAAGUUUCAAGUUCAAGUAUGAGAAUAUUUCCCAAGAAUUCCCAAUCAUUCGAAUUCCUUCACGAUUUAAAAAUAUUUUUAAAAAAAGAGAAAAGAAAAAUAUUAAGUUUACGUUUGUGUUCGUAUCGAGUAAAAAAAAUCCAAAAAGUGAAAUGGAUUUAUCGCGUCGGUACCUCAAGAGAGCGAGUACUGCACGAGCACUCUUAACAGAGCCCCCAGGGUGAAAGAACCUUGUGCAAAAAACGUUAAAAAUGUCAGACUCGGGUUCUGAUAGUUCGUCAGAGUACGAGACCCAUCGAGGGAGUGUUGCGACCCCCGAGGGUUCACCAGGAUAUCGAAAAUCUCGUAAAUCAUCUGUCAGUUCGCUGGGCUCAUCCUCCCGUGGUCCAAGAUCACCACCAGCAUCACCAGGAUCGCCAAAAUCAGCGAGUGGCUCACCUAGGUCACCCCGCGCCCCGCAGUCUCCAGAAUCUCCACGAUCAGGUCGCUCCCAGGGCUCCCCGAGAUCUCCAAAAUCAGCAUCGGGUUCUCCAAAAUCUCGUAGAUCCUCGAACGACGUGGAUUCUCAUUCAGACCGUUCAUCGCCUCCAGGUUCUCCAGCAGGCUCGCCCCCUGGGGGCUCAUACAAAUCAGAAUCCAAGUCCCCUCGAGGUCCGAGAUCUCCCUCGUCUCCAAAGUCCCCAAUCUCCCCCAGAAGUUCGCCAAAAUCUCUUCUGUCAGGUCGUUCCUCACCAAAAUCUUUUAAAUCGGGUCGGGAGUCUGUUCCUGGAGACGAGUCGCCAGCUAAGAGGAAGUCACCUCGUGACAAGACCUUCAACGAAAUCGAUGGUGAACAGAUAUCAGAUGGAGACAUUGAGGACGAGCCGGAGCCAUUGAAGUCGAAACCAGCUCCGAUGACUCAUGGAGAAGACCUCUCCGAUGUGUCCGACCUCGAUAGUAUGGAUGGGGUGGACGAACCAGAGGACAAUCAGGAGGAAGACCCGAAGAGUCCUGAUGAGAAGAAAACGGAGAAGGAGGAGAAUGUUGUCUCUGUGAGUAUCGCUGAAGAGACUGAACAACUAGACUUCGAGGCCGAUGGCCAAUGGAAGGACGAAAGGGAGGAGGGGGAGACGGAGCCUCCGAAGGAGUUCAAGGACAAGGAGAAAGAUAAGGAGAGGGAGAAGGAAGUGAAAGAGAAGGAGAAUGACAAGAGAGAAUCUGGGGAAAUUGUGGAUGACGAGCCUGUCGAGGACGGAGAGAAGGUUGAAUCAGAGCUAGAGGAGGGGGAGUUGAGUGAUGGAGAUGAUGCGAGACCUGAGGAGACCGAGCCCAGACCUGUCUGCAGAUUUUACAAUAGGGGACAAUGCACCUGGGGCGUCAGCUGCCGAUUUUUACAUCCAGGUGUCACUGAUAAGGGAAACUACACGAUGUUCGAUAUGGUGAGGCCCAUGGCGUACCCUCCGCAUGCAUCCACUACUACGCAUGAGUUCAGGCCAUUGAUGGAGAGGCCCAGCUUGAUACGACCACUGACUGGAUAUCCGGCGCCUCAUCAUCCACCCAAGGGGGAGGAUCUCCCCGCUGAGACAUCUUGGGAAAGGGGUCUCAGGCAUGCCAAGGAGAUGAUGAGGAAGGCCAACAAGAGGAAAGAAUCCGAUAUGGAUUUCGAGGAGAAGAAGAUGAAUUUGAGCCUUGGUCAGGAUGAGAUGGAUAGAGAGGCUGGGUAUUAUGUGAAACCUGUUAGUCCGGACCCACCGGCCGAUAGGUGGCCACCCAGGGAGGGACCUAGGAGGGUUCCACCUCACAGAAUCACUCCGGAAAGAUAUGAUGAAGCUGACGGCUACUACCCACCCCCCAGCCAUCCAGGCCCCCCAGCUGAAUACUACAGAAGAGUUCAGUACAAAGCUGAGCCUCGACCAGGGCCUGAGUACAGAGAACGAGUAGAAUAUCCUCCACCUCCCCGUGGACCAACUCACUCAGUGUCACCUCCACCCUACCCCAGAGAGCGAGAACGUGAGAGGGGCAGGGAACACGAGUACUACGAGAAGUACGAGAAGAAGCACAAGAGACCUUCCAGGGAAGUGAUUGUCGAGAGAAUUCCAGUGACCAAGACCUGGAGGGAGGAGGAUCCACCGGCGCCGGAGAGAAGUCGUGGAGAUGAAUGGGCUGAUCCGUGGAUGAGGAGAAAGUCACCCACUGCUGUUAGAAAAAGUACUGGCACUUCCAGGAGACCCAGAAGACAGUCUUACUCUUCUGGAUCUUCGUACACAAGCACAAGCUCCAGCAGAAGUUCAAGUCGCUCUAGUUACUCCUCUUAUGACUCCCCAUCCAGGUCCCGUUCCCCAUCCCCCACGUCACGUCGUGCUCGUGCCAAAGGUAAACAUCCCCCUCCCUCCCCGCCCCCAGUGAACACAACAUCUCAACCGAGAGGCGUGAUGGUGAUGAAUCCACCAGCUCCGUUACCCUGGGGAACGAAAGACUCUAUCUCUCCUACUGGUACAGCGCACAGACGAGCUGGACUCAAUCCACCCGCACCAAGUCCACUGAUAUCACAUCGUCAUCAUGAUAAAACGAGGGAUAAAGCUGCGUUGGCAGCUGCUGUUGCUAAAGUUAUCAAGAGCCGUUCUAGAUCUAGAUCCUCCCACAGCAGUAGUGGAUCAGAGAGUUCAGGUAGUAGCAGUGACUCCAGUGAAUCAAGCUAUUCAUCAAGCUCCUCCGUUGAAUUACGAAGAAGAAAAGUAGUGUCUCCAUCUCGGAAAGAAUCUUCAAAGCCAUUGGAUCCUCCCAAAGUGUCCAGCUCGAAGCAGGUGGUGAAGCAAAAGGUCAUCCCAACUCCAGUGAAAAAGGUAGAGCGCACUGCCACCAUCGCCGGAAAGAAACGACCCCUGGAGACAUCUCCCAUCCCCGAUAGUAAAGCAAGUGUUGCUGCAGCUGCUGCCAAAGCUGCCAAGAAGGCAAGCUCAAGACGAGAGGAACUCCUGAAGCAAUUAAAGGCUGUGGAGGAUGCCAUCGCACGGAAACGGUCAAAGGUUUAAUUUGUUCCGGAAGAGGGGGGGGGAUUAAAUGAUUAAACGAAUUAUAAAAAUAGGAUAAACCUUCGAAGAAGGUUUUCAGGAUAUCCUAGCCGUUAAAUAAAGAAUACUUUGUUUAUAAUUCGCUGUAUCAGUUCUGAAUUGGCAUGAUUUAGACGAUUUCAAUUGGAGGUAAUGCGAAUGAAAAAUUAGUUAUUGAUUUUUCAGUUAAAUAAAAUUAGUGUAGUUAUAAUCAAAGUUCAAUGAAAGACAGAGUUCGGGUGAUGUACAAAAGUAUAUUUUUUUUUUCUUUCCAUUUUUUGUUAGUCUCAAACAUACAACCGUGUGACUUAAUUCAUAAAUUAAUAAUAUUAAUACUGUCUAUUACAAGGGAAAUCAGUUUUUUUUUCUGUAUAUGAAAAAAUUAUAGAAAUCGUUUGUUCUGAAGUGAAGAAAUAUAAGUACCUCAUUUUUCACA